UGGCGCGGGAUGUGUGUUGUUGCAUCGCCUCCCUGCGCUACGGGACCCAAAGGUAACAGCGGUGUCACCGCGGGGCUCAAGCCGAGAAACAGUGACACACUCACAGUUGAGAAGAGACGAGUCGGUGUCGUUGAGACACAACAAUGGACGAGUACCUGGCUCGGAGGGAGGCAGCUCGCCCGUCGAGGAGGGCGUCUGCUGCUGCUGCUUCGGAGUUUGGAGCUAACGAUAGCCUGCAAGAUGGCGAGGUUUACCCGGCCAGGCAGAGUCAAGCAGGUCUGGACAGACUGAGUGCUGCUAUCGGGAGGACGGAGCGGAGGAACUGUGCACCGCUGGCGGUCCACCACCGGCACAUGCCGAUGGGGCUCCUCAAUAUACCAAUACCGAAGAAAAAGGAAAACAGAGCUUUGUUCCAGGAUCUGUCCACUGAGUCCAGGGAGUACGAAGACAUGAUGACCAUCCUGACCUCCAGCUUCAUCGACACCAGCUCCGCUGGCUGCUUCACCUUCUGCAAACCCCGGCUGGUGCACAGCGAGCUACUGGAGAAGGAGUUUGUGGAGAAGAGGAAGGAGAUGAAGGCUGAUGGGAGGACAGACAAGGAGCUGGAGGAGAGCUACUGCUUCAUGUUAGCUGAAAAUGCUAAACUGCAUGCGCUGUGUGAGAAGGGGCUGCAGGUGGGUCAGAGCUGGAUCACAGUGCUGGGAAACCCCACCAAAGGAGUGUAUCUGUCCAAAUACUCAGACCUGCUUCAAGUCAACCCUAUAAAUCCUGGGUUUACGGGGGAUAUCGUCAUCUUCAAAGUGAUGAAGGGUAAAGUGAAGAGCAUCUAUGAAAACAUGAAAAACCUCCUCGAUCCAACGCCUCGCUUCGACAGCCAUACCUCCAAGAACGCCAGCAAAGUCACAUCGCUCAUCUCCUACCGCGCCUUUGAACUCACACAGCAAUACUUCUACGAGUAUUCCUUUGACGACCUGCGGCCGCGCCCUCGUCAGGUUUAUCCGUACGCCGUCAUCUCCUUCCUGUUUAAAGGAAAAGACUCUUCAAUUCCCAGCAAACCUCUGGCCCCCAUCAGGUUGAACAGUCAGUCGGCAGAGGCCAGUAAAGAGCGCGCUCAGUUCACAGUGUGGAGCGGAGAUCUGGUGAAAGGUGUCCGGCUUCUCUUCCAGAUAUCCCUCCGCUCCUUCUCUCCUCCCUUACUGCCCCACAGACUACCGGAGAAGAUGGAAAUGGGUUGUGUUAUGAGGCUCGAGCAGCUGACCAGAUACCUGCCAUCCGACCUGCUCUCCUACAACCUGUACAGCAGCAGCCACCGAGUUGUGAAUAGCGGUUAUUGCUGCAGUCUUCUGGAGGUGACGGACAGAAAUCGCUCUACGACCAGCGUGACCAGACUGCUGCAGGAACUGGAGAACAAGAGAAUGGUUCUGGUGACUCCACUGUCGGACAGAGGCUUUCUCCUCCUGUUAUCCAGUGUUCAGAUGGCCGCCCCCCCAGAUAGAGAAGAAAACUGGAAGAGAAGUCUCCAGGCGCUGUUUGUCUUCCCCGAGUCAAGAGAUCAAUCCAAAUCCACAUUCAGGUGUGCCUCCUCGUCCCAUAAUGCAUCACAGUCUGGUAGCACGGUGAUGCCACGGCUCUCACAGUUUAUUCCAGCACUGCACCACUCACUGGUGAAGGCCCGUGCCAACCACCCCCCCGAGCUGUCUGCGGGCAUGAAGCACCACGCGCAGGAAUACCUCGUUGGCCUGACCGAUGGAAAGGUUCGACAGUACCCGAUGGGCGAGUACGACUCGAAACUGGACGAGUGCAGGAAGCUGUAUCCUGCUCCCAAACAGCACCGGGUGAACAUGGAGGGCUACCUGCACUCCUACCUGUACAACCCCGCCCUGCACCUGCUGUCCGUAGCCUGGGCUAAGCAGAUGGUGGAGGCGCACUGCGGCCCCGAGGAGCCUCAGGAGGUGAAGCUCAGGAGGAGCUCUGGAGGCCAGAGAGAGGCGACGGGGAAGGAGGCGACCAGCAACUCUCGAGAGGGACAGACCAACACUCAAAAGAUGCAGCAGCUGAUAGACCUGGUUCUGACCUGCAAGAGAAAAGCAGAGAAUGUGGUGAGAAAGGAAGGGGGAGAAGGAGGCGUAACAGUACACAGGAGGAAGAGGAAAAGGGAACAGGAGACGGCAGAGAGGACGCUUAAGUUCCUGAAGGCAUCACAGGAACCCGGAAGACACAGCAAGCUUCCCGUUGAGGGAAGCCAUGUUCCCGCCUCUCCUGGCUCUCUUGCGUCUGUGAUUGGUUCGCUAGGUUUGAAGGAUGUUGAUCUGAGGGACGAUGGAUCUGAACUAGCAACUACACUACUGAGUCUGCUAAAAGGCCUCACACAGGCAGCCAGAGGAAUGUCCAAUCAGAGUGAAGUACAGGAAGCGGCGCAGAAGACAUCCUGGCCCUUUGAUAGGCUGGCCAUCAAACUGGGUCUGCCCACCAACUGUGACAUCGACCUGAGGGAUCAGGAGGAGCUGGAGGAUCAGACGAUUGGCAGCGUCAGUAGUUCGGAGGGAUUCAGUCCCGGCUCCCACAGCGGGGAAGGGAAUCACCAUGGAGCAGCAGGAAGAGGAGGAGGGCUCAGGAGGAGUGCAGGAGGGUAUGAAGAGGAGGAGGAAGAGGACAAAAUCCCCUGGGUUCUUAUCCCUAUUACAGGGCUGAGUUCUCUGCGCUACACCCACAGAGACAGAAAGCUCCCUCAGGACCCUCGCUUCCAUCACCUCACCACGGCAACCAGGAUCCCCACAACCACCAAACCCCCCAGGAAGAGCCCCUCCCCAUCUCCCAGGCAAAGCACUCCUCCCUCCCCCUUCCUAUGCGUAUCCCCCGAGCCCAGCCCUCCUCACUCGAUCUCCCUGUGCCCGUCUCCAGACCCCAGCCCCCCCCCUUCACCCUCCCAAUGCCCGUCUCCAGAGCCCAGUCCGCCCACCUCCCCGUCUAAUUGCCCGUCCCCGGUGCCCAGCCCUCCCCCCUCUCCCCCGAAACGCCCCUCUCCACAGCGCAGACCUUCACAACGUCUGGACCCUCGUCUCCUUGGCCGCACCCCUUUCCCCUCUGGGUGCAGGUCAGGGGAGCCUAAUGAGCUCAGCCAGUUUGCCAGCGACCACAGCCGUGCUAACGAGGAGCAGGUCGCUCCCCCCAUCCCCAGGGAAUCUGCAGGGCCUUAUAAGGACGGAGAGAAGAUUCCUCAGGGGAAGGAAAAGAAGAAUGAAGAGCCAUUUAUUUCUGCACCCACCAAGCCGUCUGUACCUCGAGCUCCAGAAAGGAGCAGGAGCCCGUCACCACCACCAACUCGGUGGGAGGGAGAAGGGGAAGUGAAGGAAGUACCAGCAGGCCUUUCAGAGGAGGAAAUACAAUCCAAGACAGUUAAUAUUCCCAAGAAGCGAGUGGAAGAAGACCAGGAGGAGGACGAGGUGGAAGUGAUGAAUGUGGGAGUGAGUCAAGUGAAGGACCUUGUAGGGGGCUCUUUGUUUUCUCCACCCGUCUCCAUACCUCCUUCUUACCUUGACAGUGUCCUAGACAAACACCUGGGCGACUUCUCCUCUGAGAUCCAGCUCCUCCUGCAGAAGCAGAGCGUUCAUUACAGCUUCCCACAAUCCCCACACUCCACCUCCGGCACAGAAACCUCUGCACCUCAACACACACACCCACACACCUCCAUAUGUCGGUUUUCACAGUAUGUGUCUUUCUACAACCCCUACCCCCCAGUGCAGGACUACAUUAGCUCGCUAUGGCACGGCUUCGACUGCAUGGAAACGGAAUUGGAGGACAGCUGUCCGAGCCACAAACCCGGCAGCAGCGGGACUAAUGUGGACGACGCUCUAGCCAGCAGAGUUAGUGACUUUGUGUCCAGCAUCAGAGCGUCUAAAGCUCCAACCAGCGGAGAGGAUGACGUUAUCUUUAGUGAAAUGACAGCCACUGACGUCAGUACCAACCCUGCACUCUCCAGAGGAAGUGAAGCGUGGCAGCAGCACAAAAUCCCUAAGCAUACCGAUGCCAUAGGCAACAGGAGUCCCGUGUCGUCUCACGUCACUUUAUCUGUUACUACCUCUGCGUCUGAUUCUGUCUACAAGCAGGCAAACAUUCCUGCUCCUAGCAAGCCUCCCCACCCCCACUGGAAACACCAGAGUUUAGAGAUAAACAGAACUCCUGACAUCAGACAAACACCACACGACUGGACUGGUGUGGAGGGGGGAAGCAGUCUUGCAGGUACAAACUAUGAGAGGAGUCUGCCAGAGUUCAGCUGUGUGUCUAACACGGACCAUGUCUCUGAGCCGGUCUCUGCCUCCGUCCCCGGGCCCGCCCCCCCGGCUUCAGCAUUGAGCUCCCUGAUCAGCCAGCUGCAGCCGGAAGUGUUCAACAGUCUGGUGAAGAUCAUCAAAGAAGUCAAGAGAAACUCCCUGCAGUUCUACCUCCACAGCAUCGAGCCGGAGGACCAGGUCCAUCAGGAGGUCAAGGAAAACCUGUUGAAGCAGGGGAAUGCAGAGCAGAGUCCCAGGGCUUUUCUGAACCAAGAGAAUGCUGCGGACAGAUUGCUUGUGGUCAUUAAGAACCAAGACAUAGCUGGACACAUUCACAAGAUCCCAGGUCUGGUGUCUCUGAAGCGUCUAGCCUCUGUGGUGUUUGUCGGGAUCGAUAGUCUGGACGACAUCCAGAACAACAGCUUCAACGAGCUGUUUGUUUCUGGAGGAUGCAUCGUUUCCGACGAGUUUCUCCUCAACCCAGACUUCAUCACUCACGAUCGACUGGCGGCACUGCUGAUGCUCAUGGAGCAGAACAGUUCUGUAGAGAGCGUCUGGAGGCUGAAGAUUCACUGUAAAACCCACAAGAAACUAAAAGAACAAUCCAGGUUCAGGAGAGAGGCAGCCAACCUACUGGACGUACUGUCAGCCUAUCAGAAGCGGCAGAUUGUUGAGUUCCUCCCGUAUCAUAACUGCGACAUGAUGAACCUUCAGUCACCCGACCUGGACUGUCUGCUGGAGCUCCAGGCCCGAUACACACAGUACCGACACACAGUCUUCCUCACCGAGCAUCAUUUUGAGAAGUUCCCUGAGCACUCUAAAAGUGGCAUCAUCGUGGCCAGUUUUGAAGAAAUCUUGCACAACUUCAGCACACUGGUUGGUCACCAUGACAUCAAGGACAGGCAGCCAAUCAUUGAUGACGUGCUGUCUCCCAAAGAACACAUCCUUCCCCUCUCCUCUCAUGAUCAACCCCAACAUCUCCACCAGCAGCCCGACUCCAUCCCCCCUGCUCCCUCUCAUCUGUCAGACCAGCUUGUUCCGGAUGCUUCCUGUAAGGAGGGGGUGCCGCUCCACUCAGACACAGACUACGAGGUUCUCCGACGAGCCAUCUCACAGUUACGAGCCGAGCGCCAGUUGGCCUGUCAGCCAGAGUUAAGCCUCCACUCCCUGAAGAACUUCCCUUCCAAUGUUGUUCCUUCAGGUAGCUGUCACAAUUCCCCUCCCUUAGCUCAGGAAGGUCUCACCGAGUCAGUCCAGGUCACUCAGGACAGGAAAGCAGUGGCAGCCACUUUGGAGUUAAUCCACUCAGCAUUAAAGCAGGACACGAUGGAGGAGAUGAGGCAAGGCGGAGCAGCGGCUCUCACUGAGGGACAGAGGAGGGGAGGAGAGGCUAGAAGUCACAGAGAUGAUUCUCCAGUAAGAGUGGUGGGAGCACCGGGAAGAAGCCAAGAUCCCAGGAACACUGACACGUCUACUCCUUUCUUCAAUCAAAGCACAGCUGUAGUGACGGGACUGAGUUCCCAGACAAACUCGACUAUUGCAAAAGAUAAAGCUGAUCAGCAAGGCGAACCUUUAUUUCCAAGUUCUGCAGUGUCUUUCAGUACCACAGCGUGUCCUGUAGAAGGCGGCCAAUCAAGAGAUGUGGUUCAGGAACAGUCAAUAGGAGGAGAUCCACCACCACCUGGCACUGCCAGUAUCACCAAGAUCCAGCUGCCCCUUCAACGUCUGCAGCAAUUGGACAACCUGCCGCUCCAUCUGAUUCCGUCUCUCCUACAGCCUCCCAUGCACAGCCAGCAGCAGCAGCAAGUGGGGUUCAGCUUCCUGCCAACCCCCAAUCUGCCUCGAUUCCCCAACCAGGCUCGAUUCCCCAACCAGCCUUUCACCCCCAUGCCCGGGCCCUUGGCUGCACUGAGAGGUGGCUUCCUAGGGCACAUGCCUCCCUGGCCAGGUGGCCUGGGUCCAGGUGCUGCUGCCCUGUACUGGCGCUUCCAACAUGCCAGCAGGGACAUGAUGCGCCCUCCACUGCUCGGGGGGUUCCACAAUUCUGAAGUACCGGGCAGCAUCAGGUUCAGGGGGGGCCACAGAGGAGGAGGAGGCUUCAACGGGACGUAGAGAGACGAUCCGUAACGCUCGUACCGUUCACACACCUGCUCCCAAUCAAAAACCUAAACACUAGCAGUCUGUUAACAGAGGACAGGGAAAUGCACACCCCCAGUUCAGACGGGUGCCAGGCUGAAGAAAUCAGUGACCACACUCUGCAUGCAGCUCCAAGUUUUAUUAUUUAUCAUGCCUGAUCAUGAAACCCUCAUGGUACAGAUCACGGUGUCCAAGAAGCUGGAUGUUUUAGUCACUGUUCAACAUAACAGGAGGAGUGUUGAAAAUACUGGCGUCUGCUUUUAUUUGAUAGUCAUUGGGGACAUCCCGGCAGAAAUCCCUAACAAAAACGGAAUCAGCCCUAAGCGACCUAGGAUGAAACAAUUGUUUAGGCAGAUGUUCAGUGAUAAAACAUGAUCUACUUUAACAAGGGAGCAUGAUCUUCCAAUUUAGGAAGUACCAAUCAUAUGAAAUCAAAGCAUUUCAUUUGUCCUGUAUGAAUAACUUUACUUUUGGAAAUUCCGAUUUUUUUAUUACCGGCCUUCCCAUCUCCAAAAAGGAUCUGCAAAAUAACUUAAAUUGAUGUCAUAUAAAGAUGGUCUUCAAUCCUGUGAGUUUUUAUUUUGAAUAUUCUUCCUGAAACCAGAUUUAAAAACUUUUAAUUUUAAAAUCAGGCACUUAAAACCUGCAUCAAUUUCUGAAGAAAAGGCCCCAAAACACAAGUUUCACUUUGAUUUAAGGCCAGUAAAAAGCCCUUGUGACUUAUGCAGAGUGUGGACCAAAAUAACUUGUUGUUUGUUUACAUGGCAGAAAUCAGCAGCAUUUGAAUAGAAUAAAAACCUCUGUAACCUCUACCUACUGACUUGUCAGAAAAACACUAAUGGAAAUCCCCUGCAUCUUACACACAUUAUUUAAUACUCGGACCUUGAAUGUAAAUUUGUCAAAUUCUGCUUUUGAACUGAAUACAUCGUCUCAGGUUUAAUCAGUUCAAAAGCUUUGAGUAAAUAUUCACCAGUUGUUUUCUGUACUCUGCUCUGAGAAAGGGCAUUGAUGAGAAUGUUAAAAGACUAGCUGUGUCUUAAGUUCCCAACUUUCUUGGUUUCACCACCAGCUUGACGUGUUUCUAUUCCAGCAAACCGACCAAUUCAUUUCUACAAAAGGAGGUGAGCUGCUUCCAUUUUCUGAUUGCAUCAUUGGAGAUGCACCCUGACUAUAAGAAAGUAGACUAUUUAAGAAGAAAAAAACGUGUCUUCCAUUGGACCUUUUCUUUUGUACUGAAUAUUUUUUGUCAUCCUGCUAGCUGUUUAUGUUUAGUUGCUGUUGUUUGUACAGUAGGAAGUGACUUUGUAACAGACUCGUCUUAACUUAAAAAUAUUAUUUUAAUAUUUUUUUUACGUUCUUUUUUGUAUUAAAAGUU